CGAGCGCUCGAACUAAAACCUUAAAACCUCAAAAAUAUUGGGGCUAAUCAAGAAAUAGAGAAACCCUAGAAAGUUAAUUUCAUGGAGAAAUCAGUAGCAACUCUAGAUAAAGGGGCAAUAUGCUCUUCAUGGAACUACUGUGGCCAAAGAUUGUCCACUGGUAUGAUCGAUGGAUCAAUAGCUAUCUACGACACUAGUGAUCCAGCUUCUUCCUCCUUCACCUCCACUUUUAAAUUCAAGGUUAGCGAGGGAAGCAUUGUAAAAGUUUUAUGGGUUCCUCCCGAGUAUGGUGAUGCAAUUGCGUGUAUAUGUUCGAAUGGAAGUUUGUCAAUCUGGGAAGAGCUAGCAGAAGACAGUGAACCUGUUCAGUGGAAGCAAUGCAAAACCUUUGGAGGAUCCAUGGAUCAAGUUCUAGAUGCUCAAUUUGGGAACUCCCAUUCAAGUUUGAAAUUGACAGUUGCUUAUGCAAAUGGCAUUCUAAAAGUCUAUGAGAUUUUAGAUCCAAUGGACCUGAAGAACUGGCAACUUCAGGCUGAAUUACAGAAUGUUACAGAUUCAGUAACGAAAUUUGGAAAAGCAUCAUGUUUGUCUGCAUCUAUUUCAUGGAACCCCCAAAGAAGCGACACAUGUCCUGCAAGUUUUCUAUUGGGUCUCAAUUCAGAUACCCCACAAUUAAAUUCACCCAAAGUAUGGGAGUUUGACCAAGAUCAUCAAAGAUGGCUUCCAGUUGCUGAAUUAGCAGACCAUGAUGAUAAAGGUGAUCAGGUAUAUGCUGUGGCAUGGGCUCCCAACAUUGGAAGACCAUAUGAGUUGAUGGCUGUUGCAACUUUAAAGAGCAUUUCAAUAUGGCAAAUGGCUUCAGACCCUGAUAUUGAUGGAAGGCUUUCAGUUGAAAAGAUUGCCACAUUCCCUUGCCAUAACAAUCAGGUGUGGCAAAUGGAAUGGGACAUGAGUGGAAUGACACUGGCAACCACCGGGAGUGAUGGGAGGGUGAGAUUAUGGCAAUCAAAUCUUAAUGGAGUUUGGCAUGAACAAGCAAUCAUCGAACCUACCAUGUAAAAUUACCAAAAUACCCUUCAAUGUGAACAAAUGUGAUACCAUAUAUUAUUUCUAGAUCUUGAAUGGCUCUUAAUCUUAAAUCUUACAUUUCUAUUUGUACAAGCAUUAUUUUGUAUGCUUAACAUAGUUUAUUGAUUUGAUGCUAUCUGCAAAACUUAAUGCUA